UUAAACAAACCGGCCUCCUUCCUCCUCCUCCCUUUCCGCCAUGCUUCUUCGCUUUCUGCGCUUCAAAUCCUCCCCCCGUCUCCUCUACUCAACCACCACCGAAUCCCCAACUCCUCGCCCUCAACUCUCGCCACUCGUCACCGAUCCCACCCUCACCCUCUACUUCCUCCAGAAAUCCUGCAAUCUCUCUCCGUCCGCUGCCGCCGCCGCCGCCAAAGAAAUCAACCUCAAAUCCACAAAAAAACCCCACUCCGUCCUCUCCCUCCUCCGUAACUACGGCUUCUCCGACUCCCAAAUCACUCGCCUAAUUUCCCGCCGCCCCAAACUCCUCCUCGCCUGCCCCACCCGCACCCUCAAACCUAAGCUAGACUUCUACGCUUCUAUCGGCCUCACAAAUGACGACUUUUCUGAUCAAUUCUGCACUCAAGCUCGCCUGUUCCUUCCCAGCAUUAAAAAUCGCCUCGCCCCCAACCUUCGUCUCCUUCGUCUUCUCUUCCCUUCCGACGCCGACCUCGUUGCUGCUGUUCGCCGUCACCCCGACAUCAUUCUCUCCGAUUUGCAAAAGAUAGUGCCCGAUAAGACCAAGCCUUUGCUCGAUUACGGGAUUCCUAUGGAUGGUAUCAUAAAGUUGAUUGCUCUGCACCCAAGGUGUUUGAGAGAAUGUCCCAGCAAGUUUGAUUCGUGUUUCGCGGCUGUGAAAGAGCUGGGUAUCAAUCCGUCAAGCUCGAGCUUUGUUCACGCCUUCGCGGUGAUUUCUAACGUGCCGAAGCCUAUUUGGAAAAGCAGGGUGCAUAAUUUUGUGAGCUUGGGCUGGUCGAUGGAUCAGAUUACUGGCGCAUUUAUCAGGCAUCCUUACUGCAUGUCUUCGUCGGAGGAGAAGGUGAGGAGGAAUUCGAAGUUCUUUGAAGAAAAGCUCGGUUGGGGGCCGGCUAAGUUGUCUGGUUCUCCGGUGCUUUUGUCUCUGAGUUUUGAAAAGAGGAUAGCACCGAGGUUUCGUAUGUUUAAGCUUCUUGAUGAGAGGGGGUUGUUGAGGUAUGGCCUGACCUGCCGCCAUUUUUUAUUGGGGGAGAAGAGAUUUAGGAACAAGUAUGUGGACAAGUAUCAGGAAAUUGUUCCUGAGAUCUUGGAAGCUGUUAGUGGAAAGUUAGGAUCUUUGUCUUCGGAGAUAGGAGGAGAAAUAGAGUGUUAAUUGUUCCCACCACUCAGGCUAUUGGGGGAGAAGAGAUUUAGGAAGAUGUUUGUGGACAAGUAUCAGGAAAUUGUUACUGAGAUCUUGGAAGCUGUUAGUGGAAAGUUAGGAUCUUUGUCUUCGGAGAUGGAGGAGAAAUAGAGUGUUAAUUGUUCCCACCACUCAGGCUGAAAUCUCUUGCAUCAAUAGAAUUUUGGUUAUCUCUAUUCUUCAACAAGGGAACAAAAUGUUAUGUUAUGGAAUAUUAAGGAAGGUUUUCUAAGCCAAAAAUUUCAUUUAUUGUACUCUCCCGGAUCUCCAUUUGACAAAAAUUACUUGACCCAAAGGGAUUAAAAAGAAAGGAUGUACAGUAACAAACUAUUUGGAGGGAAGCAUUUUCUUCUAGCUUUCUCCCAGACCCAUAUGCCGAUCAGGAAGACUCACGAAUCCUUGUUUACAAUAUUUGAAUAAAAAGAAAUAGAAGAUUACAUGCAUCCAUAUUUUCUUAUAUGGCUAACAUUUUAUGAAGGAUCAAACAGUACUGUCCAAAAGAUGAUCAAGAAAUGGAGUUUGAAAGCGCAGACCUUCGAUCUACUUCAUGAAUGAUUCAUCAAUGCCGCCUCUUUUCUUCUGCAGUUACUUGACUGAUGUUGGAGGGGUGUGCUCUGAUGAUGGAUUUUUUUGGGUCUUAAAUCAUCUGCUGUGUUGGUUUUUGGUCUGAAUUUUACUCUUUUUGAGCACGGAGUUUUUUUUUCUUC